AUGGACCGUCGUUUGCAGUGCAGGUGUCACGGUUACAACACGGAAGAAAAAAGAAUUACAAUCAUAGCAAAUUUAGAGGCUCAUUGUAAGAAAACGCGGCCAUUAGAUCGGAUCGAUUGCGCCGGCGCGCUGGCGGGAAGGCUUUCCCUUUUGAAUACCAACGUCGACACGAGACAGAGCUGUGCGAGAGCCAGGAGCAGGAGCCAAGGCGGCGCCGGUCCUUUUCUCCGUCACUCGCCGGCGACGGCCCACCCCGACCUGCACCUGGCCUUCCACUUUCCGGUGUCCCGCGCGCAGAAGAUCGCAAGGAGCGACUUAGCGCGGGCGCGGCUGGUUCGGCUAAACCAUCAUCCAGAUUCGCGCAGCGCCUCCAUUCGCGCCUCCAGCAGCUGCUUCCGAUCCAUGCGCCCACGCUCGAGGAAUCCUCUCCAACUAAGAUGGCGCCAGCCUCCGACCCUAGCGUACGCAUCUAUCGAUCGACUAACGCCGGCACGCACGACGGCGCGCUGCUCAGCCUUCAUCCGCGCGCGGGGAUCGGGCGCCCUGCAGGUGUUCGGCGAAUUUCCUCACCGGGAAGAUUUCGCCGCUGGCGUCCGAUGGCCGGGCUCCGGCUUCAGGGGCAUAUUCAUGUUGCUCGGCGAUGAAAUUGGAGUUCGCCACGACCAUGGCGUCACCGGUUCCUCACUCACUGGAGUGGCGGUUCCACCAUUCGGGUCAGCUGGAGCGGCCGCCCUUGCUCUCCGGCGACGGAGCAGGUUAUCUCCCGUGCCUAGCGACCAUCGACGCAGUGCAAUGAAGCUUCAUCGUCAUCAGCCGCCCCGGCAAUCCUCAAUAUCUAGGUCCGCCACUGCUCACGUGCUAGUCAUAGAUUUGACCCUCCGUUAGUCAGUGUUGCUCGAGAAGGAACAUGCUGUACCGUUGCUUCUCCUGCGCCUAUUGAAACACCAACAUAAACGCUGGCGCGGGAUGCUCUUCCGCCAUGGCAGCAUUGAACUGUGUCUGCGCCUUCUCCACGUCAAGUCAGUGUGGGACGGUUC